CAACGGGGCCAAAGAAAAAAGCGUAAAUGUAAUCGUCUGGGAAAAUUCAGUUGAUGCGAUUUUCUCGAAGUCGUAGCUGAUCUAUGGUGUCAACGGUAUCUUCAUGGACGCCAAGCUCUCUCCAGCUUAGGAUCGCCCUCAAUUAUGGGAGCUUCAGAGCUGCUCCGGCGAGAGCGAAGAUGACGAAGCUCAGUCGCCGUCUCCGGAUGUCAUGCGCUGCGCCUAAUGCAGCAUCGGGUCGCGAAUUGGGUGGGAGGAACGGGUCGGAUCGUUUUCGUGGUUGGUCUGAUUCGGGAGACGAUGAAGAGACUGCCGAUUCUCGCGGUGGCGAUUGGUUCAAAGGAACCUUGUUAACGGGAGUGGCCGGAAUGGUUUUCUUCGCUGGGCUAACUUUCGCGGCUUUAUCUCUCAAGCAAAAAAGUUUAACAAGGCCAAAAGUAGAAGAAGUGAUGGUGACCAUGGUUGCUGAAAGUUCAAGUGAAGACUCAAAUGAUCAAGUUAGCACGGCUCAAGAAGGCUAUAGAGAUUCUCCAGUUUUAUCUCGGGAUGAGAGAGAUGUGGCGUCUACAAGCGAAGGAAGCCACGAGGCGGACAAAUCAUCGGAAAACUCAGCUGAGAGAUACACGUCAGCGACGGAGCUGAGUGGAGUAGAAAACACAAGCGAGAAGCAGAAGACCCUCUGUUACACAGGAAUACCCGCUCCUUCCACAGUUGCGCAAGUAAACCCCUUGAAACCUAUCUUUCCAACGGUUGUGGAUCCGGUUCAAAGUCAAGUGUUUGCAGCUUUACAAGCUAUAAAGGUUAUUGAAUCUGAUGCUCUGCCUUAUGAUUUAUGUACACGCCGUGAGUUCGCUCGUUGGAUGGUUUCCGCAAGCAAUGCUUUAUCGAGGAACUCAGCAUCAAAAGUAUAUCCUGCUAUGUACAUAGAGAAUGUUACUGAACUUGCAUUUGAUGACGUCACACCUGAAGACCCUGAUUUUCCAUUUAUUCAAGGUUUGGCAGAGGCUGGACUUAUCUCAAGCAAACUCUCUAACCACAACAUGGCUUCUGCUGAGAGCAGUCCGUUUACGUUCUCACCAGAAAGCCCUCUUUCACGUCAGGAUCUUUUGAGCUGGAAGAUGGCUAUGGAAUUCCGACAGCUCCCAGAAGCUGAUAACAAGAAGUUGUACCAGCUUUCUGGUUUUCUUGACAUUGAUAAGAUCAACCCAGAAGCAUGGCCCGCCCUUAUAGCUGACUUAUCUGCUGGUGAACACGGAAUAACAGCACUUGCUUUUGGGCGUACCAGGUUGUUUCAACCGUCAAAAGCAGUCAUAAAAGCCCAAGCAGCGGUGUCUCUUGCAAUUGGCGAAGCCUUUGAAUUAGUCGGUGAGGAGCUAGCUCGUAUCGAAGCAGAGGCUAUGGCUGAAAAUGUGGUUUCUGCACACAACGCGUUGGUUGCUCAGGUCGAGAAGGAUCUUAACGCCAGCUUCGAGAAAGAGCUGUUAAGAGAAACAGAGAUAGUAGACACAGUGGAGAAACUCGCUGAAGAAGCAAAGUCGGAGAUGGCUAGACUUAGAGUCGAGAAAGAAGAGGAGACUCUUGCAUUGGAGAAAGAGCGCACGUCUAUCGAAACAGAAAUGGAGGCUCUUGCAAGAUUACGAAACGAGCUUGAGGAACAACUUCAAAGCCUUGUGAGUAAGAAGACAGAGAUGUCGUACGAGAAGGAAAGGUUUGAUAGACUUGAGAAGCAAGUGGAGGAUGAGAAUCAAGAGAUUCUCCGGUUGCAAAAUGAGCUUGGUGUUGAAAGGAACGCUUUAUCCAUUGCCAGGAAUUGGGCUGAGGAUGAAGCGAGAAGGGCAAGAGAACAAGCGAAAGUGCUAAAAGAAGCUAGAGGGCGUUGGGAGAAGUAUGGCAUAAAAGUGAUUGUAGACAGUGACCUCAGUGAACAGACAACAACCGAGUCUACGUGGGGGAACGCAGGAAAGAAAUAUUCCGUAGAAGGAACCAUGAAGAGAGCUGGGAAUGUAAUUGCUAAGCUGAAGAAGAUGGCGAAAGAUGUUGGAGAGAAAUCAAGGGAAGUAAUCUACUUGAUCAUAGAGAAGAUAGGGCUUUUGAUCUCAGCCUUGAAAGAACAAGUUCAUGAAAUGGAGACGAAAGCCAAAGACUUCAAAAUGAAAAGUAAGUCAGAGACAGAAGAAAUGAGGAAACAAACGAGCUUGAAGAUUGGUGAGAUUAGAGAUAUCUCUGUGAUGAAGGUUAAGGGAACUGUAGAAGAAGCUCGACGAGUGGCUGAAGAGAUUAGGGACAGAGUUAGCGACAAAUUCAAGUCGAAGUAAGAUUAAGUUUUUAGUCGUUUGUACUUGACCUCCCAACAUUUACGUUUUCUUGACUGAAACUUGAAAAGGUUUCCUUUUUUGUUUCAAAAAAAUUGAUUUUUCUAAUUCACAUGGACGCAAGUGCGAAGAACUGAAUUGUGAUUGCAUUUUAUAAACUUUCUGGAGGUUUGGGGUCUUUGUUAAAUAUCUUUAAUCUCAUUAGACCUUUCUUCAUGGUUUUAAAAAACAAUAGACAACAAAAACACCGGUUCUGCGAGUAUCCUCCACGUCUCUAAACCUCUUCCAUUCAAAGCUCCUUCCGUGCGCCACGUGUCCACUUCUAUCACUCUCUUUUUAUCUUUCUUCUCCACCUAGAAAAAACUUUCUCACCACAUUUUCCCGAGAAACCAAAACCAAAACCAUCUUCUUAAACUCGAGAACCAUGUCUGGAGCCGUCGGUUCGAGUCACAACGACACAUCCCUACCAAAAGAAGAAGAGUACCAUGCCCAAACCUCAACCGCCGCCAAAAAAACCGCCGCCGGAUUCUUCUCGUUCCGACAACUAAACAUCCUCGCCGUCAUCAUCGUCCUCUCCGCAAGCGGUCUGGUCACGAUCGAAGAUUUUCUAUUCACACUCCUCUCUCUCAUCUACUUCUUCUUCAUCUCAAAACUAAUCUUCCCUCCACACGAGAAUCCAAAUCGCGACGCCCCUCUCACAAGCUCCACAAACAAGAUCUUCCGCGUCUACGUAGCAUCCGCUGGAGUCGUCGGGCUUCUGAUUCCGAUCUGUUACAUCUUCGAAGGACUCGUCGAAGACGAUAAACGCGGCGUGAGCGCCGCCGCACCGCACGUGUUCCUUUUGGCGAGCCAGGUUUUCAUGGAGGGGUUAGCCGCCACGUGUGGCUUCUCUGCUCCGGCUAGGAUCCUCGUGCCGAUCGUUUACAACGCGAGGAGGAUUCUCACGCUCGUCGAGUGGAUUACGAACGAGUUCUUUAGGGAAUCUCCGGAGUACGGGAAGGUUUCGGCGCGGCGGAUGUACGCCGGGAAAGUUUUGGCAGCGGUGAAUUUAGGUGUUUGGUCGUUUAAUCUCUUCGGUGUUCUGAUCCCGGUUUAUCUACCGAGAGCUUUCAAGAGGUAUUAUGGUUCGAACAAGGAGAAUUGAACCCGGUUUAGUUCCUUCCCAGCUCUUGUUGUUUGUUUUCUUUUCUUUCCUUCGGUUUAAUCGGUCCGGUUUGGUUUUAGGACUAAUGGUAUAUUAUUUCGUUGUUUUACUUUUCUCUGACGAAAUCCAGUUUAAGUAGUUCAUGCUUUUAUUGGAAUUCUAAGAUAUAAACAAAAUCUAUGUUUCCAGAUUUGUCACACACCAAGAAAAAAACCUAAUCAGCUAAAAAGAAC